CUGAUGCCAUAGUACUAUGUUUGAAGGCUGUUCCUCUUGUACUUGACGCGUACGAGUAGGGAAACAUGCCUAUAUAGUUCUAUUUAUGCCACCAAUUGCAUCCAGUAUCUCGUUGCCCUCAGUAUAUUUGUACAUACAUCGUUGUAGUAGUACAGUGACCUUUCUUACUGUAAUUUAACAAAUGAUUUGCGCUUUUGGCUAUUUACUGAAAUGGUUUACGUAUGAAAGAGUUGUAAACGGUUCAUUGGUAUUUACUCGCUUUGGGGCAAAAACCGGAAUUAUAAUCCGUAACCUUUACUAGUUUGAGCUGUUUGAUACAUGGUUGCGUGUGGCAUAUUAGGAGUAAAUUAUCAGAUCCGGGCCCUUUGCGUUUUUCCGCAUCAUCUGUUUCACUGCGAUAUAUAUAGCACCAAUAUACCAAAGGUGUCACAAGACACAAGCAUUGUCGGGAAUAAUCAUUGUGUAUUCCUUGCGUAUAUAUAUUUCACAAUGUCGGUGAAGAGGGUAUGGAGAAUCAUUCCCCUUUGGAUUGCCUUUAUUGUUCAGUCGAAUUAUCUUUCUGCUGACGACUCGUUUAUGUGCUGCAUGUCUGGAUGGAAGAGUGUUCGAGGAGUGGUUCUGUGUCCACGACCAUGUUGCGAGGGUUACGCUCUUCGGAGCAGUAUACUGCCGGCAUUAGGCCCGGUCACUACAUGUGAGCUGCAAAAUACUCCCGGUGACAUUCCUCCUGCUGUUCCCGCCAAGCCGAUCGUGUCGGCAGCCACCCCACAGUCACCUGGCCCGGUGAACAUUCCCAUCAUCGCCCUCAAUGAAGAUUCCGAUAUACCGUUGUCCCGCAUUCCGCCACCAGCUCGACAACGAGGUCACAACCGGCGUGUACGACCUUUAUCGGCGGCUGUGCAGGCAUCGCUGGAAGGUGAGGAAUCUGGUGCGAAACGGUCACACGAUGUGUUGUUUCCGGUGCCGGCUAACAGCAUGCAUCAUUCCAGCUAUGCGGGACGCCUACUAAAACCGCGCAACCCGGAGCUAUCCGAACCGGCUCCCACGCAGAUCUGCUCAUGUAAACGCGAGCUGUGAGAAUGGAAAUCAAUUUACAACUCAUUUGCCAUUCCAAAGCCGGUUGCUCCUUAUCGCCGUACACACCAAGAGGCGAUUAUUGCUGGCAUGCUUAGAAAAAAUUACUUAUUUUAAUUUGCCAGUUGCAUCCGUUUUUAUGUUAUCAGUACCUAUACGUUGCGUAUAUUCGAAAUUCGAAAGAAAUUAGUGUGUUUUGAUUGCCUCGGUUUUGCAAUAUUAGUAGCUUUGGUUUUAAUUUUUAUAACCUUAGGGCUUCCUGUGUCUUGUUCUAACAAUAAGGCGAUUGUUUACGUUUAAAGAGGAACACAUAUGCAAUUUUUAUCACUUGUGCACAGAUCUGCAUACGCAAUACAAUGAAUACAUGGUUUGAUUAGGAGCCAUGGAGUUUCGGAAAGCUGAAAUGAAUAUC